ACCACUCUUGAUUGAGGGCGCAGUUGAGGGAGAAGAUUGAAGAUGCCAGAGCCAGCGAAAUCCGCUCCCGCGGCCAAGAAGGGCUCCAAGAAGGCCAUCACCAAGACGCAGAAGAAGGGCGACAAGAAGCGCAAGAAGAGCCGCAAGGAGAGCUACUCCAUCUACGUCUACAAGGUGCUCAAGCAGGUCCACCCGGACACGGGCAUCUCGUCCAAGGCCAUGAGCAUCAUGAACUCCUUCGUCAACGACAUCUUCGAGCGCAUCGCGGCCGAGGCUUCCCGCCUGGCGCACUACAACAAGCGCUCCACCAUCACCUCCCGGGAGAUCCAGACCGCCGUCCGACUCCUGCUGCCCGGAGAGCUGGCCAAGCACGCCGUCUCCGAGGGCACCAAGGCCGUCACCAAGUACACCAGCUCCAAGUGAGCUGGGCGCCCAUUUUUCGGUCGCCUGGGGACGUUCUACAGAAACCCAAAGGCUCUUUUAAGAGCCACCCACUUUCUCAUUUGAAAAGCGCUGUUCCGCCUUGUGUUAACUCUCAACGAUUCCCCCCCGGGGGGUUUCCUUUGGUGUCCUGCUGUCGGGAUUUAGUGGGGAAUAAUGCCAAUAGACGAGGGAGGGGACAGGAAGAGAUCGGCUGUAUCUAACGUUACUCUUAAAUCUGGGUCGACCAAUUAAUAGGUCUGUAAUAAUAGUAAUGGUAAUUAUUAUUACGGUCAAAGGCCAGUUCAUAAUAGGUCUGUAUUAGUCUGAUUCCUUUAUUUCAACGGGCCUGUUUUAGUGGGGCUUAAUGUUAUCAGUGAAAUAGUGUGUAUGCCUAAAAUAAAAGGUAUGGUGA